UAAAGAAACUGUUACCGAUAAAGUUGAUGUAAAUAAAAUAACUUCAUCCGAUGAACUUGACGAAAGUAAAGAAAUGAACACCCGUAAUAUUAAAGAGAAUGUACAAAUUAUAUCUGAUAACAUUGCUGAAAGUAAACAAACGAUUACUGAUAAUGUAGAAGAAAAUGAAAAAAUUGUAUCCCAUACAAUCGAUACCAUUAAACAGACCGUUACUGAUAAAGUUCAUGGGAAUAAAAAACUUAUAUCCAAUGAAAUGGAUGAUAUUAAGAAAAUGACCAGCAAUAAAGUUGAUGAAAGUGUAAAAAUUAUAUCUAAUAAAAUCGUGCUUGAUAAAAAGGAGGAGUUGAGCAGAAAGAUCGAUGAAGUAAAGAGUGAAAUGAGUGAAACGUCUUUAGAAAAAAAAGAUGAUUUCACUUUAAAAUUAGAAAAAGAAGAUACUACGAUGAUAAAUAUAGUCGAUUCAGCGAUUGAUAUUCCAAAUGAAACGAUUAGAAAGUGUCAGGAUAUUGAAAACAAUACAGGGAAUAGAAAUUUAGAAAACGAUUUGUUAAAAUCAAAAUCUGCAUGUCUUCCAAACGAAAGAAAAGAAGAAGAUGAUGAAGUGGUGGAGGAGGAGAAUGGGAAAAAAUCAGAGGAGGAUAAUAACAAAGUGGAUCUAAGCAAAAUGAAUAAUGAGACGAAAGAAUCUUGUAAUAUAAUGGACAACGGUAAAAUUAGUAAUGAACCGCUUUCUAUAGUGGAUAAAAAUAUAAUUAAUGCUAUAAGUAAAGAAGGAAUCGACAAUGGUAAUAUGAAUGCUAGUUGCAUGGUAGAGCAAGAGGAACCGUGCAAGGAAAAAUCAAUAAAUGCUUUAACUGAAACGAAAGAGACGAUAGACAACAAAAUACACGAAGAAAUUCCUAAUAAAGAAGAUUACAUUUCCUCGAAGAAGUCAAACGAAGGUAAUGAAAUAUCGUCUUUAUCGUCAAGAGAAAUGGCCGACUUACAGGGAACGAAGGAAUUUGAAAGGCAACAAAAACACCAAACUGGCAAUACAGAAUUUAUCUCAACAAUCGUUUCAGAUGGAGCUCGAGAGACAGUAAUGGAGGCUUCGCAGAUGAAACAGGGGCAAGAUCAUGUAAAUGUAACUGAAAAAAAAUCUACGAAUAGUACGAUUAAAUACACUUCGGCACCGAGUUUUGAAAAAACUUCGAGUAGUGCAAAAUCGAAUGGAAAGACGAGGCAGAAAUGGAAUCCGGAAAGAGAUAAAGAUCCUCUUUUGCAAGUAACAGCGCAGCAGUCGAAAGAGUCUUUUGUAAUAGGUUUCCCGCCCAAGACGGAGACGGUAUUCGUGGAUAAAGCCAAAAUCUCGGCAAAUAAGGCAGCGCUCGAUGAGGCGAAAAUGCAGAAAUCCCAUGCUAAAGACAGUAACGCGACUUCCAGAUUGCUAAAGUCAGUCGAAAAUGCGGAGGCCAAGACGUCGAGCUCGAGGCAACGCACGGACACACCGAAGACCCGACCCGUAAUCGUCGGCGUAAAAAGAAAGGAUCGGACGGAGAGAAGAGCUGUGCCAAGCCGCGGGAAAACCGAGGAGGAGGCCGAGUACGAGAAACCGCAGCGCCGGCAGAGUAAUUGGGAGGCUCGCGGCAAAGCGGACGCGGAGCAGCGCAAAGCCGUGAUCCGCUCGAGACACCCGAAGCUCCACGUGGGUCAUCGAGCUUGGCAGCCGAAGAACGAGGCAAGAGUACCCGAGGAGAGGUGCACGAGUGAUGUCGUCGCGGGUACGGCAUCACCGAGCGGCGACUCGAAGGACGAGGGAUUGCCGAGGAGGACCGAUAAUGGAAGGGAGCCAGAGAUCGCGAAGGCCCGAUCGCGAUAUAUGGCCUGGUAUCAGCAGAAGCGCUUCGAGAUGGAGAGGAAGCGACGCGAAAGGAAGGAAGUCGAGGAGGAUCAGAUGAGGCCCCGUUGGCUGAGACCCGGACCCGGGACGAAGCCGCGCAAGGCCAAGUCGGCCGAGGAUGCGGAUCAGCGCGAGCUUCUUAUAAAGCAGUCGAUGGGUUGCCAAUCGAGGGAAAGGGCGAAAUCGUCCUCGGACGUGGUCCAGCCAACGUGUUUCAGCCGGGUCAGAGUCCGGCCUCUGGUGAACGUCGAGUCGGAGCAGUUGAAGGCGAUCGUGCGCCAGGGCCGUAAGCUGCGCAAGGCCGAGGGUGUUAAGGAGGCGGAGCCGGAGGUGUUGAUCUUCGCCCCGGAAAAGCCGCCUCGUAUGGACCUGCCGUCGACGAUUAUUCAGCACGAGCCCCGGCAUCACUUAACCCAGCACUCCGAAUACAAAUUCGAAAAAGAGGUGCCGGCGGUGCCGUUCUACUUGCAUUCACCCCACGUAUCUCAACCGACACAGGAGUUCUUUCAGGACAACUCCUCGGAAAGUCGACGAUUGGAGGAGGACUUAGACUCGGGGAUCGCGGUAUCUAUGCAGAGCGGAACCGAGGCCGCGCCGACGCAGCUGCGCUCCGAUAGCAGUACGCCACCCACGUGA